AAGGGGGUUGCGGAUGCAAAAGGAGAUCGGAAAAUUGGUGGGGGAAGAAAGUGAAAAUUCAAAAUAUGGGCCACGUCACCCCUGCUUCAACUCGCCGCCUCGACUCAGUAGCUGACUCACCCUUCUUCUUCUCUCCCCUUCCAUCACACAUCACCCCUUCUCUCUUUCUCUCUCUAAACUCCUUUUUCUGCAAACCCUUUUUUAUUUUAAUCUUUUCCAUACCCAUUUUCGUCUUUUCACGCUCCCUCUUCCCCGUCUUCUUCCUUUUCCAUUUCCACCUCCGCAGUGGCUAGUGUGCGCCGUAUGCUCCCCAGCAUUCCUACGCAGCGUAUGAUAGCCUCCCCCGUCUGUCACUUUCCCUUUAUCUAGGGUUUCCCUUCACUCCUCUGCACAAACAUUCCUUCCUUUCCAAUCGUCGCCUCCAAAUUUUCAUCUCUCAUCUCUAUUCAGAAAUCAGGGUUUGAGUGGACUGUGAAUUUUGAGUUUUGUGCUAUAAUUUUUAGUUCGGAGGGUAAUGUUACGUUGAAUGGCUAUAGAAAAGAAUAGCUUCAAGUCAUCGAGAUUGGAGCCGGAGUUUUCUUCGCAUAGUAGGGAAGUGAUGUCGAGCGACGAGGAGGAGUUUAGGUAUAAUUCGGGUGCGGUUGAAUCCGAGGAUGACGACGAUGAUGAGUUUGAUGAUUGUGAUUCCGGGGCGGGGUCGGAUGACUUCGACUUGCUGGAAUUGGGGGAGUCUGGGGAGGAAUUUUGUCAGGUUGGGGAUCAGACAUGUAGCAUUCCUUAUGAACUGUAUGAUCUCCAGGGGUUGGGUGAUGUGUUGUCUAUGGAUGUUUGGAACGACGUCUUGACUGAGGAAGAAAGGUUUUGUCUCACACAGUACCUUCCGGACAUGGACCAGGAAACGUUUAUGCGGACGUUGAAGGACCUUCUGACAGGCUGCAAUUUGCAUUUUGGGAACCCUCUCAAUAAGCUGUUUAACAUGUUGAAGGGAGGGUUGUGUGAGCCGAGGGUGGCUCUUUAUCGACAAGGAUUGAUAUUCUUUCAGAAGCAUCAGCAUUAUCAUCUCCUAAGGAAAUACCAGAAUGUGAUGGUCAAUAGUUUUUGUCAGAUAAGGGAUGGGUGGCAGAAUUGCAGGGGGUAUAGCAUUGAGGAGAAGCUCCGUGUUUUGAACAUCAUGAAGACUCAGAAUAGUUACAUAUCUGAGAAAAUGGAAGAAAUGGAAAGCGAUGAAUCUGACAGAGAGGGCUCUGGUGAUGCUUUUUGGGGCAAAAGAGUAAAGGAUCGGAAACAUGGACAAAAAUCUGCACGUUAUUCUGGAUAUGGGAUGGGUUCAUCAAUUGAUUUAUUAUAUCCUGGAAAGCAAACAGCAGCAGAACCUGCAAAAUUUGGGAAGCAAAAUUCAAAAGGAGCAUUGAAGUUAACGGGGACAAAGGGUUCUACUAUGAAAGAGUUUUCUAGCAACUUCCCAUCUGUUCAUCAUGAGAUGGAAAUUAAUGCUGGGUACUAUGGAUCACAGCCUCUUUCUUCUCAUCAUGGUAAAAUUGCAGGUUAUGACUCUGGCAUGACAGUUCACAUGAGAGAUCGAUUAUUGGGUGAUGAGGAUGAUGAUGAAGGAAUGUAUGAAGUGUCUGCUCAGAGAAACUUCUCACGAGCUGGGCUGAAAGAUAAAGCAGGGCAUUUCAAGAUGGGGAAGAAACAUGAUGGAUUGAGAAGCGAAGAGUACCUUGAGAGUUUGAAUGGAUUCCCUAUGCCUCUGAAACCUGAAUUGUAUGCCACUAGCAGGAAAAAGACCAUUCAUCAGUUGUUGGAUACCUCUGUCUCGAAGUCCUUGAAUGCCAAGGCUCCUUUUGAUUUUGGGAGCAAGGCUAACUAUGUUGAGAAUCUUCAGCAGUUUCCCUCUGAAGAUAGGAUGAUUUAUGGGAAAGGCCGGAUUUCAAAUCCAUCUUUGAAAGGAAGCCGAAUGGAAUUAGCUGAUGAAAGUGAGCCAUUUUGGCAUGGUAAAGGGCAACUGGACCCCUAUUUAACCAAUCCAUCUCAGAAAUACAGUGAUUGGAAUUCCAAAAGCAAAAAGUGGAAGCAUCAAGAGUCUUCUGAUCUCAAGCAGAAUGACUUUCAUUCAGGGUAUAAAGCAAAGCCAUUUCAGGAGAAGUUUAGGGCAACCUUACAUAGUGAUCAGCGAGGUGUUGCCGGGUCCAAGGGUAGAAGGGGAAUUCUCAAAAAUGAAGAAACUGAAUCUGAUUCAUCAGAAGAAAUUGAUGAAGACGAUGACAAUCCUUUGCUGAGGAGCAAAUUGGCAUUUCCAUUUCCUUGUGAUGCCCCAGAUAUGAAAUCUGGCUCAAAUGCUAAGAAAGCUAAAUUUGUUAAGAAAAACAAAAGGGGCGGUUUUGAUGAACAUUUAUCCUCGAUAAAAGCAGGGAAUCUUGGCUCUAGGGCAGAGCAGAAGGGUAAGAUGCUUGAUUAUAGUCGUGUGAAUAUUUUAUCUGCUAGAGAGUUGGAAGAAAACUACUUAAGUGGUCAAGGGCAGCUGAUUGGUGAUAAUGAUGAGGAUGAUGAUAAUGAUGAUCAACCAAUCUACAAGUUGGCAAGGAAUGGCCGUAUUCAAGGGGACUAUCGACCGUCAUUGAGAGAGAAACAGAAAGGUAGGUUUGGUGUUCCACAAUCAAAUUGUAUGCAAGAUUUUGGUCUUCACGGGGGGACACAAUUAUUAGCAAAUGAUAAUGAGGGUAUUCAUAGGUCUGGAAAGAAAAGUCAGAUACUUGAAAUGCUUGCUGGUGAUCAUCAAGAAAGAUCUGAUCUACAGUUAAUAGGGUGCAGCUCUACCUCGAAAAAGCGGAAAAUCAAGGAGGAUGUCUCAUUUAUGGAUGAGCAAGGUGAUAAUGAAUUUACACAGCUGCAACUAGAAGAUGCCAGUUCCUCUAAGAAGCGGGGGAAAAGAAAAUUGGAGAGUGAAACAGGUAAUUCAGAAAAAGGGGUCUCUGAGUUACCAUCCUCAGAUAUUAGAGAAGAAGAUGUUCAUCAAGAAAGCAUACUGCAGAAAAAGCCAUUCACUUUGAUUACACCUACUGUUCAUACUGGCUUCUCGUUCUCCAUCAUUCAUCUUCUUUCAGCCAUUCGCAUGGCCAUGACUAGUUUGCUUUCAGAAGAUUCUCUGGAGGUUGGCAAGAAUCUUGAUCAGGAUGAUGGAAGACAGAAGUCCGAAGAGGAACGUGGUCUGAAGCAGGAGGGUUUAAAUGGAGUUAAAACACAAGCAGAGUUGGAUGUCAAUGGCUCGCUUUCUUCUCAUGAAAUGAGGAUCCCUUCUCUAGCAGUUCAGGAAAUUGUUAAUCGUGUGAAAUCUAAUCCAGGAGAUCCCUGCAUUCUUGAAACUCAAGAACCUCUCCAGGAUUUGGUAAGAGGGGUUCUCAAAAUAUUCUCAUCCAAGACAGCACCUUUAGGAGCAAAGGGCUGGAAGCCACUUGUUGUUUAUGAAAAAUCUACAAAGAGUUGGUCCUGGGUUGGUCCAGUGCAUCAUACUUCAUCUGAUCACGAGGCUAUGGAGGAAGUUACAUCUCCUGAAGCAUGGGGUCUUAAUCAUAAAAUGCUAGUUAAGUUAGUUGAUUCAUUUGCCAAUUGGCUGAAAAAUGGUCAGGAGACACUUCAGCAGAUAGGGAGCCUUCCUGCUCCGCCUUUGUCGUUGACACAAUAUAACUUUGAUGAGAAAGAGCGGUUCAGGGAUCUGAGAGCACAAAAGAGUCUGACCACCAUUACUCCAAGCUCUGAAGAAGUAAGAGCUUAUUUCCGAAAGGAAGAAGUCCUCAGGUAUUCCAUCCCAGACAGGGCCUUCUCUUACACAGCUAUUGAUGGGAAAAAGUCAAUUGUUGCCCCAUUGAGAAGGUGUGGCGGCAAGCCAACAUCAAAAGCUCGAGACCACUUUAUGCUCAAACGGGAUAGACCUCCUCAUGUUACGAUUCUGUGUCUUGUGCGAGAUGCAGCUGCAAGGUUGCCCGGUAGUAUUGGGACUAGAGCUGAUGUGUGUACUCUAAUCAGAGAUUCACAGUACAUUGUUGAAGACGUGUCUGAUGGACAGGUGAAUCAAGUUGUUAGUGGCGCACUGGAUCGUUUGCAUUAUGAACGCGAUCCAUGUGUACAGUUUGAUACGGAUAGGAAACUGUGGGUGUAUUUACAUCGAGAAAGGGAAGAAGAAGAUUUUGAGGAUGAUGGGACUUCAUCCACAAAGAAGUGGAAGAGGCAAAAGAAGGAAUCCGCUGAGCCUAUUGACCAAGCGGCUGUAACUGUUGCUUAUCAUGGAGCUGGAGAUCAAAAUGUUGGUGACUUGGGCUCCGAUCCCAACUUUGAUCUGCCAAAUAUUCACGAAGAUAAAGGGAAGGAGCUUGAAUAUGAGGAUUCUCGGGAUCUUGGUGAUGACAAUGUUGAGAACCACCAUGGAACAGAACAAGGUAACCCUCCAGAUUUUGGGCAGACCCAAGCGGCGUCGGAUGCUAUGGGGGAAAACAAAUUGUUCUGUCAAGAGAAUUCUACAAAUGACAAUUUUGAUGAUGAAACAUAGAACCAAAACCACCUCACUGGCUCGAGCUUCUCGGUGUGCCAUGGCGAUCGAAUGCUGCUAGAAGUGAACAUCCCUUGUUUUAGCACAUCACUUCAAAUGUUUUCUCCUUUCUGUUCCCCAUUGGAGGAAUUUAAAUCAUGAGAUAUACCCUUAAGAAAUGAAAGAUGAUGAUGAUGUAUCAGCCCUUCUCUGCUUAAUAGGGAGAAACAAACAUUCCAUCAGAAUAGUAGUCUGUUAAUAUUAUCUUGAUGGAUAAGUACAAUAAAGAAAUUUUGCAUUUCGUCAAUCUUUUUA